AGCUUCUCACAACAGAGGCAAGGCGCAGCCUGAAAGAGUGUACUGAAGCUCUGCGGCUUUCCUGUCACUUGAAAGAGGCCCAGGGCACGCGGACCACACCUCCUGCCUGCCCCUCCUUCUAGGCUCUCUGCCCACUGCUUGCUGGGUCCCCAGCGUCCUUAGCCUUCAGCCCGAAGUGGAGAUGCGCGAGAGGCUGGUGAGGGAGCUGAGCUCCUGAGAUUGAGCCAGCUGGCACGAUGAGCUUGCGGCCGCUGCCUCUCCUUGUAGUCCCCGUCUUGCUGCAGCUGCUAUUUUUUGACAGUGAAGAAGUGAUACGCACCACAGAGAGUGUGACCUGGGAAGACAGAACUGUUCCUGGAACAUUGGUUGGAAACGUGGUACAUUCAAGAAUUACCAGUCCUCUGCAUCUAUUUCUUAAACGGCCUCCAGGUCCAAAGCAAGCAUUUACAGACAACAUGGAAAACUUUUGGGACUGGCUGGCAAAUAUAACAGAGAUUCAGGAGCAACUAGCAAGAACCAAAAGACGGCCAAUAGUGAAGACAGGAAAAUUUAAGAAAAUGUUUGGGUGGGGUGACUUCCAUUCUAACAUUAAAACUGUCAAACUUAACCUGCUCAUCACAGGAAAAAUUGUCGAUCAUGGAAAUGGAACGUUCAGUGUUUAUUUCCGACACAAUUCAACAGGCCUGGGCAAUGUUUCAGUGAGCUUGGUACCUCCCUCUAAAGUAGUAGAAUUUGAAGUAUCCCCCAAGUCUACCUUGGAGACUAAGGAAUCCAAAUCUUUUAACUGCCAUAUUGAGUAUGAAAAAACAGAUCGGGCAAAGAAGACCGCUUUGUGCAAUUUCGACCCAUCCAAAAUCUGCUACCAGGAGCAAACUCAAAGCCAUGUGUCCUGGUUAUGUUCCAAACCGUUUAAGGUCAUCUGCAUUCACAUCGCCUUUUACAGUGUUGAUUAUAAACUUGUACAAAAGGUUUGUCCUGACUACAAUUACCAUAGUGAGACACCAUACUUGUCUUCUGGAUAAAUGUUUUCUCAGUAACAGAAAUGAAAUAUCCAUGCCACUUUACCUAGAAUGCCCAGAAAACAGGCCCAGCUUUCCAUGGCAAAAGAUGGAAACAGAUGCCUUCUGUUUCUGGCAGUGGACUGUAAUUCCUUGUCUAGAUUUCAAAUUAAAAUAUAUAUUCAAAUGUGAAGUGUAUUUGUUUUGGUGAUAAGUACCCUGAUCUAAAAAGUUAAACUGAUUGUGAAAUCAUUAUUUUCAUGUAAGAUGGUAACAUUCUGGAAAUGUUGCUUCUCUGUAAGAAACAUCAGCAGUAGCUAUGUGUAAAGGGAGAAACCAAAUUGUGCAUGCAAUAAGCACUGCUCUUCAAAUGAGCCUGCCUUUUAAAUGUUUUGGAAGGUUUCCUUAGAAAGAGUACGUUCAGUAAAGUAACCGAAAAGAUGGGAUUUAAGAGAUGGAUUGUGUUUCUGGUGUUUGGUUUUUUUUUAAAUUACUAUCUCUUGGUGCCUGUUUUAAUAGCUACAAUGUCACAAGAGAAUCAAACACAAUACCAUCUGAGCAGUCUGUGUAGAAAAUGCUUGAAGAACUUUACUAUUAUGAUUCUUAUUUGAGUGGUAUUGAAAACUACCAAUUGGAUAUUAAAUAGGCAAAUGUGGGUCUCAAUCAACUCAACAAUAAUGAAGAUGAUAUUUUUAGACACUUCAAUGCUGGAGGAUUAUUUUGAAAUUCUUAUUCAUAUUAAAGUUUAGGAUUUCAUUCUCAUUAUUUAAUAGUUAAAUUUUAUAUAUAAAUUUGUGGAAUAAUUCUGAAAUUGAAAUACAGUAUUUCUGGGCAGAAAAUUCCAGUCAUGGGUUGAUUGUUUGUAGGGCCUCAGAUUAGGUUUUCUUUGUGUUUAGGUAGUCACUAGAAUGAGGCUAAGAGUUCUGUGUGGAAAUAAUGAGUUACAUUUGAGUAUUUCUAAAUAUUAAGUGCUGUUAUUUACAAUGUUGUGUCACUGAGCUUUAGAGAUUACUUUACUCUCAGUGUCCUCAUCUUUGAGAAGAGUUGAAUGGCCAUCUUUAUGAUGUACCUUGACACUGUAUGAGAACAGACAAAGGGAAGACGACAAAGGGACUCGAGACUUGUGGUUAUUCUCCUCCAGUAGAUAUUAACUUCUAUCUCACUUCUCAUCUGUACUAUGUUAAAGAAGUAAAAUACUCAAAUAGGACUCAUGGAAGGUAAGUCCUAACAAACAAAUGUGCUCUUAUCACAGUGUUCAGAAAGCCUACAGCUCUUUUCUCUACUCUACAUCCCUAUUCUGUUCUUUUCCUGCAAAUGUCUAUAGUGUCCUAUUUUGUCUUUGUACAGGUUGUGCUACGCUUGUAUAUGGUCCAUGCUUAACAUUUCUCCUUUAAGAUCAUUGGGUGCUUGAUUUUGUUGUUGGUAAAUAAUAUUUUGAGACAUCUUAUGUUCAUCUAGAAACAUGAAUAAAUACUAUUUAUUGUAAAAUAUUGUGAACAUAUAUACUUAGGAUUUUCUGUAUACAAAUGAAGUAUGUGUGCAUUUUUUAUGUAAAUAAAAUAAUUUGCAAACUCU